AUGUCAUCAGACACGACCUACUGCCUUCUGUUGGGCACAGGAAUUAUCCUCGUGCAGAACGGAUACCAUUUCCGCCAACUCCUUGCCACACACCGAGGAAUCUUUGACCGCGACGGCGUCGGAUCCAUCAUCCCGCCGAAGUCCUGGGUGAUCAAGACCUCUUCCGACGAAGCUGCCCGCGACCUGGCGAAGGAGCUCAGGGCUUCUGUGAGAAGGUCUAUAUCCUACAGCCCACCUCUGCCGACUAUCGGGCCCUCGACGCCGCGACCCUCCUCCGGCGGAAAUCUUUCCAAGAGUACAAGUGCGUGGGGUACCUUUCUUCCGACGGUUCUUCGGACGUGA